GGACUUUUGAAAUAGUCGUUCGUUUCCAAUAUGCUGGUUACCUGUAUAUCAGAAGAUAAGAAUAGUGUGAAUAUCCAGUUCGAUCAGGAUAAAGCUAUUGAAGAAAUUUGUGUUGCUUGCAACAAUGUUCAAGCUACUGUUCGAUUCCUUACAUAUGAAGAAGUAUCACAUGGACUCACAGAAACGCUGGACUUCGUUUACAAUUCCGACGUUCUUAUUGUUGAUAUGAGUGACAAGACACAACAAGGACAUUUGAAUUAUCAAUUAGGAGUUAGAGAAAGUUUAAAACUGUUCGAUAAUAUAGUAAUCGUCAAUCUUUCGAGUCAUAUUUUGCUUGAUGACCUACGCAGUAUUUUAAGUAGCAAAACAAAACUUCUUCCAUAUGUUAUUAACGAAAAUGGAUUUGCUGUCUUAGUGGAAGAUAAGUUCCUACAGAAUGCCCUCAUUGAUAAUGACAUACUCAAAAAUCAAAUAUGCGGCGAUCUUGGGCGUUUGUCUGAAGAGCUAGAGGAAAUACUUUCAGAAAUGUGCAGUGGUGAUCGGGCUCCACUAAAAGAUAAAUUCAUUGAGGAUCUUCGAAGGGAUCGCGAUUUGUACAAAGGGCAAGAACUCAGAGAGCGUCUUCGAGUAAUGCGCCGUAGAUUGGAUUAUCCAGGGAUGCUUUCAUCGGAUGUUAUUCUUAAUCUGUUACUAUCAUACAGACAGUGCGAGGAUUUCGAUGCUAUGGUUACUUUAAUAGAAGAGAUAAGGGCUUUAAAAUUAAAUCAAGAUAUUUUGAAUGUGUGCAUGAUCCAGUAUCUGUAUGCUUUUGCUUUGCAUAGACGGAAUAAAAAUGGUGAUCGAGAUGCUGCAUUAGCUGUAACUGAAGAAAUCUUGAAAACAUGUGGAAAACCUUCUGCCGAUAUGUACGGUCUGUUUGGUCGUAUUCAAAAAGAUCGUUUUAUGGAUUCUCAUGGUGAAGAUAAAGAAGCUCUAGAUUUAGCUAUUCAAGGCUACCGAGAAGGCCUGAAGAUUGAUGCAAAUGAAUAUCUAUUAGUAAAUGUUGCCACACUUUUAGUAAUCAAAGGAAUGGAUCUGGAAACAAGUGCAGAGAUGCGUAAAAUUUGUAAUACACUGAAUUUGCGUGUUGGCCAAAAAGGAAAUAUCUCCACAAUCAAUGACUAUUGGGAUGUUGCCACAUUAUUUGAGGUACGCGUAAUAAGUGAAGACUAUGCUGGUGCUGUUCAAGCUGUGGAACGAAUGUAUCUUUUAGAUCCACCUGACUGGGAAUUGGAAUCUACAUUGGGUAACAUAAAAAUGAUCUGCAAAUUUCGUAAACCACCAGAAGAGAACAAAAUUGCGAAACCACAAAAAUUAUUUGACUUUUGGAUGGAGUUUCUAUCUACUGUGUGUGAUACUGAUGAGAGCGAUUCAUUUUUAAUUUCAUCGGAUGAAACAGAAUAUGACUCAUUCAUUAGACCAUAUGAAAGUUAUACCAAACGAAUAGUAUAUCCAGUCUUAGUAACUGAACAAAAUUGUACCGUUAUGAAACCAGCUAAUAUUCAAGUGAAUAUAAAUGCUGUUCCAAGAAAUCUCCGCGUUAUCUUCUACGAUCUAGACUAUACAAUAUCUACAACCGUGCAAUCAGUCGAUUUACAAAAUUGUGGAACUAUGCGUCAACAUUUUCCACGUUUCAAUGAACAUAGUCAAGAAGAAGAUUUAAUAUUUAAUGCCGAAGAUAUUAUUGGUAUAAGCAUGACAGAAAAUAAUAGUCGCAGUGUUUAUUUAUACACUACCUGUUCUUUACCAAACUACCGCAUAUCAUUUUCCUGUGAAAAAGUUAAAAUGCAGUUUUAUACGGUCUUACGUGAUUGUCUUUUUUCAGAAGAGGAAAAUUCUGGUUUAUUACUAGACGAACAUUCUUCUGAACCAUUUAAAUGGACAUAUGAUUUGAAUGAUCGUAAUGAACGUGAAAUUCUAGGUAGAGGGAGUUUCGGCGUGGUUUAUACAGGUUGGGACCUCACAAAGCAAAUUAAAAUGGCUAUCAAAGAAAUUGAUGCAGUGAAUAUAAGGGAAUUUCAACCGCUACAUGAUGAAAUUCGAUUACAUUCAAGACUUCAUCAUAAAAACAUUGUACAGUACUUUGGAUCUGUGGAUCAUGAAGGAGUGUUUAUGAUAUUUAUGGAACUGGUUCCUGGCGCGUCAUUAACAUCACUUGUCUCAAAAUAUGGUGCUUUGAAAGAAGAAACAGUGGCAAAUUAUUCAAAACAAAUAUUGGAAGGUCUACAAUAUUUACAUGCAAAUCGAAUUAUUCAUAGAGAUAUUAAAGGAGAUAAUAUUCUCGUUAAUAUGUAUAAAGGUGAACUGAAAAUAACAGAUUUUGGAGCAUCAAAAAGACUAGCAGGUUUGAUUCCACGAGCUCAAACAUUUAAAGGUACUAUGCGCUACAUGGCACCAGAACUUAUCAGGGGUUGUUGUGGAUUUCCAGCUGAUAUAUGGAGUUUUGGAUGUACUGUUGUAGAAAUGUUGACAGGAAAACAGCCGUUCAGUGAGCUUGGGAAUGCAAUGACUGCUCUAUAUCGAGUUGGUAUGGAUUUGCAACACCCCAAGAUCCCUGAUGGAGUUUCAGUAGCUUGCAAAAACUUCAUACUGAAAACAUUUAUCAUAGAACCAUCCAAUCGUGCUAGCGCUAAUGAACUGUUAUCAGAUCAAUUUAUCCUAAGUUUUACAAAAUUAAGACGACGUAAACCAGUGGGACUAACACACUCUUCAGAUAGGUUCCGGCCGUCAAAUAAAUUCUAUCAACCUAAUUGUAAAUCAUCUGAAGCAGUUCUAAGAUCUUUGUCAAAUAUAUCAAAUCAGUCAACUUCUCCAGUGAUUAUAUCUGGUUCGGGCUCAUGGGGAAGUAAAAGUAAUCGUUUACUAAAUGUAAUUCACAACAGUAAUUCAAUUUUGUCAGAAAGUGAAAAAUCUGACAAUGAUGCCUCUUCCGUAUUUUCAAAUGAAUCCUUCCAUCAGUUUAACUUAAAAAACCAAAUUAUAGAUCAAGCAGAAAAUACAAAUACUGAUGGAGAGAAACAUUCCACAGAAUCAGUAAAUCAUAUUUCAAUUUUACCUGUCAAAGUAGAAAAACUGAAAAUACCAGGUGUAUAUAUAACAAAGGAUGAAAAACGCAAAGCUCCUGUAAACAGUGCUAGUUUUGGGAAUUCAGAAGAUCCAUUCAAUUUUAUUAAACAGGACUCUGAAGCAAAACGACGUUUGUCAAAUGCAUUAAUCUCCGAGAAACAGUCAAUUGUUGAUGCAUGGAUAGACAUAGUUUGUCGGUGUACACAAUCAAAUGUUUCAAACAAAACCAAAGAUGAACUUACAUCGGAUUUAGGUAAACGAGUAAACAACUCUGAAACUAAUCGAGAAUCGAACAAUGGAGUUGAGGAAAAACUAUUAGAGUGUCUUUUAGAUAUGAUAACUGAUAGUUUACACGGUGGAAUUUGUUGGUCUCAACUUGUUAACUACCUUAAAAUUCCAGCAAAUAAAUGUACAACUGAAGGAUUGACUGACUCCAUCAACGGCAUAUCGGGCGAUACGAAUAAAUUCGCAGUGUUGUCAAGUUUGAAACGUUAUUCAGUGGCUGGCGAAGAUUUAGGAGGACGAUUUUUAAAAUUGCUACAUUCUUCAAAGAUAUCUGAACAGAAUAAUGCAUGUCUUCCAGUGGGAACGCCAUUAGUUUGCAAUUAUUUGCGAGUAGCUUUGGCAGCACUUCCAAGUGUUAUUGCUGCACCUUUGCUCCGUCAAGUGAAUCGUCCACAUGAAGUAUUAGCAUGGGAAAAAUUGAUCAAAGAUGCUAUCACUUCAGCAACCAAUCAAAUUAGCAAUUUAGCCCCAAUAAGUACAGUUCACUUACGUCGUCAUCAAACAUACUCAGCACAGCACAAUCGUAGACUAGUAAAACAAGUCACCACGGAAGCUGAUCUUGACUCGCCAACAUAUAUUCGUCAGUCGACUCCUUCGAAUAGACCAUUUACCAUGGUCUCUAUGUCACCUAGCCUCUAUUAUACACCAAAUGAUUCAACUGUGGAUGAAACAAAGAAGGUUACAAACAGUUUAUCUUUAUCACAGAAAUCAUUAACCUUUUCAAACGAAGCAAUUCCUGAAGAACCAAUGGAAAUUAUCCAGUGCGCACGGAAAUUCGCAGGUGUUCAGUCAAGUGCUCCUUUGUGUCAUGUUAAAUCAAGGACUAGCAAAACACUAGAUGAAUUGGUAAAUCACGAGAAUUCUGCUAAUGGUCUAGUAGACAAGUGAGACAGAUUUUAUUAUAUUCUCUGCUGAAUUUGUUUAGAAAUAAUACUAUUAAUUUACUAAACUUAAUGUAAGUGAACAGUAACACUAAACUAUAAAUUUAACUAAUGUUUAUGACAAUUAUAUUAAAAAAUAGUAAACAACAGUAAGAAAGGUGUGCUGAAGAUAAAUCUAGAACUAGUUAAGUUCCGAAACUGGAAUAUAAGGAAAAACAAAACAAUAGAAAUGUUCUAAUUCAUAAACUUCCAUACUUCUGAUAUCAAAAGUAUAAACGGUAAAUUUACCAAAGAGGAUGACAAAAGAAUUGGAAUAUUUGAUUGCUAAAUAAGCCAAACAUUGCAUACGACUGAGCGGAAAAUAAAUGGUACAUGAUAUUUGUCACUAAUAUUAACCGAAUUUAUCAGCUCAACGUAAUUCUGUGUUAAAUGUUUAAAGUAAUGUCUGCUUUCAUUAGAUGAACGAUCAAAUAAUUAUUUAGAACACUCAGGGUAUUAUCAAAUUGUCAGCAUGGGGAAGUGGAGACGAUUGAGUAACAUUAAAAUCACAAAUUGUAUAAGACAGAGAACUAUUCGAAACCUGGAAGCACUGAAUGACCGCUUCGUUUAAGUAUGGGACUUCUUAAAAGUGAACAACCGCGACCUUGAAGCCAGGAGUUGAACCCAGCACUUUCGGUCUAGUAAGAAUGACUAGCCUCUAGAUCACUGAAUCGGGACCCAACGGUGUACAAAUCAAACUUCAAUCAAUCCGCGGUAUUUAGCGACCCUUUCCAAUUGACUUCGAUGGGCACAUUCGUCACAUCUGACACGGCUGAACUCCACCGGUCACAGCUUUUCACGAGGAAAUUUACGGAUUUUUUUGUCAGAAGUCAUGACCAGUGAAGUUCAAUUGUGAUUUCAGUGAAAUAUCAGUAAAUUUUGAUUUCACAAUUUUUUCUUCAUUUUUGAAGUAUAAUGUUAUCAGACGUUUUGUCAGUGUACAAAUACACAAAAGCAGAUUCUCUGCUAUAAGCUUUUGAGUAUUUAUUUUGCUUUUUUUUACAAAUAAUCAGGACGUUCUGUCUCAUAUAUAUAUAAUCCAAAAACAUUGGUAUCUAUACAGUUACCACUAUAGAUCAACUUACCGAUCGAUGAAUAAUCUACACCAAUAGACUGUCCCUUAUUUGUAAAUUAUUCUGUAUUCAGAUUUUGGUACCAUAUUGUAUAAGUGUCUCAAAAUAAUUGCCACUAUUAAAUACACUACAUACACUACUUACUAAUGAACCUCAUGUAUAAAUUUAAAUAAGUAAAUCUAUGAUAAUACACAUAAAAUCACAGUAAAACGUAAUAGUAAAGCCAAGCAGUAAGUUAUUUUUAUGAUCUUUAACAUAAAAUCCAAUUGGAAAUAUCAAUAUAUACAGUCUUUAGGGAAAUUGUCACUGAACCAUGAUUGUGUGGUUUGACUCCAAAUAAAAACAACCAUCUAAACAUUCGACUUAUGUGUUCCAAAUUGAAAGAAACCCUAAUACUACAUUUUAACUACUAGCAGGAAUUAUAGCACUGGUGUAUAGAAAAGACUUCUAGUGCUGGAGAAAUAGCCAACAGGAUGUCAAACGCUCAUAGAACAUAAUGAUCGGAAACCAGGAGAUAAAAUAAUUUCUAAAAUAAAAAUUUAAUUAAGUGUAUAUGAAUAUCAGUUUUUAUAAAUUUUACUGAAUACUGACUGAAAUUUCUUGUUUCUAUAAAACCAACCUCAUAUAACUUCGACUUGCACACCUUUCGUAUAAAUAUGCAUACACAUUAUUUUUUAUUUUCAGUUCAAUGUACAAUAUCCUCGGACAUAAAUGCAAGUUUUGAAUAAUAGUAUUUAUUAUUAUAUUUGUGCUUUUAUGUAGAUUUUAGCCUAACACUAACUUCUAAAAAAUACUAUAAAUGUCAACAUCAAGCUUCAAUAAAUAUGAUUUAUUGAAAAUUUCUUGGUAGAUACUUAUAAGUAGAGUUAGUUUACAAUACGUUUUAAACUAUUAUGGUACACAAAUUUUACAUCAAAUUAUCAAUACUUCUUCACAGUAUAUGCGUAUUUACAAAAGUAAUAAUUAUAGAACUUGAGGAGUGUAUUUUGACCCACUGAAUACAGAUGGUUUCUGUUGAAUGCAGUCGACGCAUAACCAGACCCCACUUUUAUUAAUUCUUAAUCUAAUUUCAACCAAAUUUAUCAUCAAAUUAUUCCUUAUGAUGCUUCAAACCAAGAUGAAUAACUCAAAAUUAUAAUCAGACAUCGUUAUACAUAAUUAUUAAACGAGUGCUCAGUGGCAGAGUUAGAAAUAUGAGUAUAUUUUGCAACAGAAAAUCUCUUCACUGAGAUACACAAGUUUUGAAUUUCUUGAUUCACGCAACUGACUACUCUCAUUCAAUAAUGAAAAAUACACUUUCUGUAAUCGAUAUAAUUCCAUGAGGUUAUUCUGAAAUUCUAACUAAAGCAAAGCUGAGUUAUGAGACCAUUCAAUUCAGAAACGGACUAUCUCCAACCAUCCCCACAAAAAUGAUCAAAUAAUAUGAUUUAAAACCGUCAUAUAAUGCAACAUGACAAAGAAAUAUGUAAUAUAUAUUUGAAUCGUUAAGCACAGGACAAAUCCACAUUCCGACGUGAAAUAUAGAUAACAAAUGAAAGUAAUUUCUGAACAUUUUGAUAGUCCGAAUACAAAUGAACCGAGCAUCUGUUUGUCAAUGCAUCCAAUUUGAUAGAUUAAAUUUUUUUGGCAUAGAAUUUUGGUUAGUUACAUUAAUUUACUAGUAGAGACGAGUUAUUAUUUCAUAAGGACCUUUAUUUCUGAAAUAAACCAUUCUUUAGUUGACCGAAUAAACAUUUGACUCUUCCUAAUAAUGGAACAUUACCAAUUUUCAAAUAUAAUUCACAGAUUUGAAAACUGGAUUCAGUACACUAGAUGAUUGGUUUAAAGACCUCCGGAUACCCGAUGAAGACCGUGCCAAACUUCGUCGGAAUCACAUUGUUGAUGAAGAAGACUUCUUAGAUGCUAUAACGAAAGAAGACUUGUGGAAAAUGAAUUUAAGUGGUGGGACAGUGCUUCGCCUUUGGAGAAACAUACAGAAAAUCCGUUCAAUGGAAUAAUGUCUUCAUGAAAAAUUUCAUGAACUCUGGUUACAAUCCUUCUACAGAGCCUAUAUUUUUACAAACAAAUUUUAUCUCACACCUUGAUACCAAAACCUGAAAUGUGCCUUUAUUUUAUAGUAGUAUUUUAAAACCCAUAAUGCUCAAAUAUCAAAAAAAGUUACACCGGAUGCAGCUUAAAAUACUGUUUUGAUUUUUAAUAAAUGUCUUAUUAUUGGUAAACUAUGAAAACAUAAUAGAAAGUCUCCCAUCA